AUACAUCCCUACGCCAAGGUCAGACGCAGCUUGACAGCUCCGCUCAGCUCCGCUAAAUUAUUGCGUCGUAGUUGAAAUUUGAAAGUCCUUCUCUUUCAUUCUGUGUGUUUAUUGACAUAAUAACGCGAAUUGCGAACUUGCGAAGUUACCUACAUCAGUAAGCUCGUAAGCUCAAAGUUGCGAUACAGCACUGCGGUAUUUAUUAAUCGAUAAACAGACCUUGAACAAGACUUUUGUUUGAACAAGAUGGCAGAAGAAAAUCGCGCGAACAGAGCUUCUGCUGAAACGUCGUUUAGCGACCAAGAAGCGAGUGACAGGCAAGAACAAUUCAAGAUCGAAAGAAAUAUCCAGUAUGGUCAGGCAAUGCAGCGGCAACUAGCGAACCAACAGCAACAGAAACAGUUUGAACGUGAAGAUAGAAUUUUCGCGAAUAAAAUGAUUGAUGAAGAAAUAAGAACUAUUGCUGACGAGGAUCAGAGAGAACUACAACAUAAGCACGAUCAAACUGAAAUAAUGAGGAACGAGAUGAUAAUGUUCCAGAAAGAGAGAGAAGCUUUUAAAGAGAAGCAGAAGGAAAUGGUUGUUAUAGAAGAUAGGAAGAUAGAAGAACAGAGACAGGUCGGCUAUGACAGAAGUUGCGCUAUAGAGGAGGAGAGAGAAAGGAAGUUUCAUGUACAGGAUGAAAAAAAUGAUAGAGUCUUGACUAAGAUGGUAGCCGAUGAGGCAGCCCGGCAAGACCGUGACGACUUGAUCACCCUGCAUCAAAACCAGGACCGUCGGGACAGGAACAUUCAAGACGAUCUGGAAGAGGAGAUCCGAGUCCAUAGAGACAACGCUGAGAACCAGGAGGGCCUGUUGUCCCAGAUGGAGUACAAGAAGAACCGCGCCCUGCAGGAGAAGGAGAGGGACGUGGGCCUCCGGAGGAGUAUGGAAGAACGAAUGGCGGAUGAGGAUCUCGUAGAAGAUGAAUAUCAACGUAAAGUAAAAGCAGAAAACUAUCAAUAUGGCGCCGAUCUACGUAAGCAGAUACAAGACAACGCCGAUAGGCGGUCAAAGGAAAAGGCUUUUGACAAAAAACGCAAUGCAGAUGAUUACGAGCCCAAAACGGAACUUCAAAAAAAUGCAAUCGCGGAGGCACGUCGCAAAGAACUGGAAUCAUAUCAAAGAGCCAUAGAUAUACAAUGGUUGAACAGUCGCAUGGAGGACGGAAGGAUGGGCCGGUGUCUUGCGUUAAUUCGGAAGGAGGCUGAAAUGGAAAAAGAUUUUCAAGAGAGAACGGAUCACGCAGCUAUUGUAGAUGCAAGAGCAAAGAAAGAAAUAGCUCUCAGCGUACAAAUAGCUAAAGAGAAACGUGAGGAAGCAUGUCAACUGUUAAGAAGACACUACCUCAGGGAACAUGACCCCAGUCUUAGAGAGCUUGUGAAGAAAUUACAAGCAGGCUACGUACGCAGGGAUCAACAGCAGCAAAUAUUGCAUAAUCAAUAUCGGAGGCUGCAGGAGAAGGCAGAAGAAAAUCGCGCGAACAGAGCUCUAGCCGAAGCGUCGUAUAAUGAUCAAGAAGAGAGUGACAGGCAAGAACAACUAAAGAUCGAAAGAAAUACCGAGUAUGGUUUGGCGAUACAGCAGCAGCUAGUAAACAAACAGCAACAGAAACAGUGCGAAUAUGAAGAUAUGUUAUGCGAGAAGAGAAUGAUCGAUGACGAAAUGAGGACUAUUGCUGACGAGGAUCAAAGAGAACUACAACAUAAGCACGAUCAAACUGAAAUAAUGAGAAACGAAAUGAUAAUAUUCCAGAAAGAGAGAGAAGCUUGGAAAAAGAAACAGAAGGAGAUGGUCGUUAUAGAAGAUAGGAAGAUAGAAGAACAGAGACAGGUCGCCUCUGAUAGAAGUUCCGCUAUAGUAGCGGAGAGAGAAAAGAAAAUGCAACUAAAGGAUGAAUCUAACGAAAAAGUUGCAACUAAGAUGUUAGCAGACGAGGCAGCUCGGCAACACCGUGAUGAUUUGAUCACCCAGCUUCAGUACCAAGAAUGUCUCGAGAGGAACAUUCAAGAUGACCUUGAAGAGGAGGAAAGGGUCCAAAAAGCUAAAACUGAAACCAAGGAGGGACUGCUGUCUCAGAUGGAGUAUAAAAAGAACAGUGUUUUAGAGGAGCAGGAGAGAGAUGCUGGCUUCAGGAGGAGUAUGGAGUUACAAAUGGCGGACGAAGAUGUCAAAGAAGAAGAAAGGAAACGUAAAAUAAAAGCACAAAACGAUCAAUACUUUUCCGAUCUACAGCAACAGAUACAAGACAAUGCCGCUAGACGUGCGAAGGAAAAAGCGAUCGAGAACAAACGCGAUGCAGAAGAUAACGUAAAAUAUCAAGAGUGGCGUAAAGAAGUUUCAGAAGAAAGGCAGAAGAUUAUGGAAGAGCACGUUCCUAAGCUGUUAGGUUAUGUGCAACCAGGCGUUAUUACACCCGAAGAUGUGGCGAACCCGCGCUUAGCUAGCCUAGGCGUUAAUAUAACUUGUAACCGACCCAAGAGACUACCGAAGUGUAAUGCCCAAUGUCGGAUUUUAAGAGAAUAUUGAUGUGUGAUGUGUUUUAAAACUAUUUGUUAUUUUGUUAGUUGCUGCUUCAUUUUCCAUUAUUAGAUUCCAAUAAAGAUUUUGUGAUUUUAA